UCGUUUUAGUAGACUGUAUCUGUGCUCUCAGGCUGAAAAAAAAAACUUGUCAAAAGUGUCAGUUUGUCUCCGUACUUAUUUUGAGGUAACUAACCGCCACGAUGUCGGACGCUCCAGCCCGCCCCAUGAAGUUCCCCUACACCAUCUCCGCGAAAAUCGCGCAGUUCCCAAUGAAGUUCUAUCUCCAAAACCAGUGGAUCUGGCGCUACUGGAUGGUCGGAAUCGCCGUCUCUAUUCCAGUAUUCUACAAAAUACACAAACUGGCUAACUCACCUGGCAAUGUCAGCAAAUGGGCAGAGAUCCGCAGGAAGGAGGCAGAAGGACACCACUAAUCAAAUCUGUAGGGUGCCUGGGAUGUUUAAUGUAAAUGUACGAACAUUAUGUUAUAAGCGAAGUAAUAAAAUCAUGUCUUUAGUUUAAA